UGAGCCUUCUACCUGGCCAAGGUCUUGUCCGCGGUCCCUAGCCCACAAAAAACAACGCCGGUAACCGGCGAGGUCGUAACUGUUACUGAUCGAUGAUGGCCUCGCAGAAAGGGAUAUUUGCUGUCGUUUUACUUUGUCUCGUCGUGUCCAUGACUCUAGCUUUACAGGUGUCCAUCCCUGAGCCGUCCUAUGAGUUCGCCAGGGGAGACAACAUCACUAUACCAUGCAGCUUCAAACCCAAGAACCCAAUCAACAAUCUGGUCAUCAUAUCCUGGUUGGCUGAAGCAGACAAACCCGGAGAGCCAGAGGAGUCCAUCCUUACCUCCUACUCUACUGGUGAACUGGACAUAAGUGACCGGUAUGAAGGAAGAGUUUCCCUGGAGCAGGACAUAGCUAAAGGAGUAGCCAACCUGAAGCUCUCCUCCAUCGGUCUCCAGGACAACCGACUAUUCGAGUGUCGGGUCUCCAUCCCCAAGGAUGACAAGGGUCAGCUGGCUGACACCACCCGUCUGGUGGUCCUGGUGGCUCCCUCUGUACCUAUCUGUAAGAUCGAUGGGAGAGCAGAGUACUUCCAGAACAUCAGUCUCACCUGUCUGUCUGAAGAGGGCUCUCCUCUUCCUACCUACAAGUGGCAGGGCUACGACGUCAAAAACAUGCCCAGAGCACCUGCACCCAGGACAACGGACAAGGAUGGUGUCCUGUCUCUCUUCAACCUCACCAUGGAAUCCUCAGGAUACUACGUCUGUACCUCCACUAAUAAGAUCCGCAGUGCCAAAUGCAACCUGACGCUGUCCGUCAUGCCACCGUCUAUGACCUUGGGUUCAACAGCAGGUAUCAUUGGAGGCGUUGUGGUUGGUGUUCUGGUGCUGCUCAUCAUCCUCAUCUACUGCUGCUGCUGCAGAAAGAAGAAGGACAAAGCAGAGGAGUACGCUAUGGGGGUUCCAGAGGGGGAGGAGUUCCACGACAACAAACCCGUGGUGAACGGCGAGGUUCGCCAGACGCGCAGCAAGGAAGGCGACGAUGAAGACCACCCACCAAGGAUUGUGGACCGCCACGACCAGUACAAGGAACGCAGUGAGAAGGACUACGAUGACCACCCACCCAAGAUCGUGGACCGUCGCGACCAGUACAAGGAACGCAGUGAGAAGGACUACGAUGACCACCGCAGCGACUACGAUGACCGCCGCAGCGACUACGAUGACCACCGCAGCGACUACGGUGACCGCCGCGAGCGCUAUGAUGACCGCAGGAACCAGGACGACCGCUACUCUGACCGGUACGAUCGUGAUCGUGUUUACGAUGAACGCAGCGACGGCGGACGGUACAGUGAUCGUUAUGAUGAGCCCUACGAUGAUCGUGACAGACCUCCCAGUGUACCGGCCAAUAAACCUGCUAAGCCUUCUAACAAAUAG